GUUGUCCUGCAUAAGCAAGACUAAUAUUAUGCAAAAUUCACAGUCUAUCAACGUGAAAUUAAGCUCCCAGUGACUUUCAGUGGUUUGAAGUUACUAAUUCUCUGUUGUCUUCCCUUUCCAAAUGAAACCUGCUAACCAUUGUGUAAUGUAUGUUUCACCCUUUUCAUCUCAAAGGUCAUGGUGUGGAUUCAUGGAGGCAAUUUUAUAUUUGGUGGUGCUUCUAGGUACGAUGGUUCAGCCUAUGAGAAUACUGUGAUAGUAAUAAUUCAGUACAGACUUGGACUGCUUGGAUUUUUCAAAAAAUUGCAAAUAUUUAAGUGUGAGACUAGCAGUUCACUCUCACUAAUAAACUGCUUGAGGAACCAGGAAGCAAUGGAUAUAGUCUUUAACAGUAUGGAAAUCCCAUUUCUACCCUUAGUUUUGGAUGGAGUAUUUCUUAAUAAGUCACCUGAAGAUAUAUUGGCUGGAAAAGAAUUUAACAUGGUCCCGUUUAUGAUAGGAGUCACGAAUAAUGAAUUUGGCUGGAAUAUUAGAUCUGUAAUUUAAUAUCUGUUCUUCAUUUUUUGGACUGUUGGUAUUAAAUAAUGCAGGUGAUUCUGAGAAGAGUAGGUGAGGUCUUUGCUUGUAGGACACUUUUUACGUAUGCACUGUUGGGAAUACAAACAAAACAAAUUUUGCUUUCACUCUGAUUUUGUAGAGACCCAGAACCAGUUGGUCACAAAGCAGUAAGACAGGCUCCAUCUGCAUGCUGAACUGUCAAUAUUAUAUAGUAUUUUCCAGAAAGUUUAAUGCCUUAUCCAGGCAGAGAAAGUGAAAAGUGAUGCUGCAAUCAUGAGCUUAUUACUUUGCAAAAUAAAAAUAAUCCUUUCCCCCACAACAAACACAGGUGUAACGCACACAGUAUUCAGGAUCAAUACAUUGAACAUUUAAAAAUGCUAUACUGAUCACUGUAAGUAGUUUACCUUUUAUGUUGUAGCUCUGAUGAGUGCUGUUUGUGGUGUUGUCCCUGUAUUUGUUAUCACGUGAUGAGAUCUGUUGGUUAAAAAUCUCAGAUGUGAGUGGAAUACAGGGUUAAUACAGGUAUCCCACUUGCACUCAGUGCAUAAAUUCCUUUACAUGUGAAUUCUAUGGGUAACUUCAAGAGAACAGUUGCUAUACAGUGCAUCAAAAUGUGGGGGAUGGAUUUGCCCUGUCUUUUUUAUCCUUUUAAUUUUAUAAGUAUUCAUGCUUAGCUUUGUAAUGCAAAGCAUUUGUUCUUAAUUUACGUAGUAUUCAUGAGUCUCUGGGAAAGGGGCUGCCAGUGAUCCAAACAGGAUCUCCCCUACCUGAGGGAAAAUAAGCCUUUGAGACACAACAGCUUGUUGCUUAAAUUUUGCCCUAGUGCUCCCCAGUCACAAAUCUCUUAAUAAUGUGUGUUUGAUUUAAGGAUAAAGUACAUAGUUAGAAUGGCUGAUGUAGUAACUUUCAUGAAUGAAACAUAUGCUGUGGUAAAUACAAGCUUUUGAAGACAGUUCCUGCAUUUUUCCAUAUGGUAUGAUGCUUCAGAAAUAAAUAUGAGUAGUAAUAAAGUGGAAUAAAGUUGUUAAAAUAUGAAAACUUUGGAGAAGUUAA